AUGGAGACGCUCCCCGCGGAGGUGCUGCGGUGCGUCUUCGACCGCUUACACUGGAGAGACCUCCUCGCGGUGUCCUCGUGCGCGACGUGGACGCGCGACGUCGCGGCGAGGGACGAGCGCGCGUGGGAGCGACGAUGCCGCGAGCGCUUCACCGCGAGCGAGCUGUCGAGGCUGACGACGAAGACGGAGGAGGAGGACCGCGAGGCGCGCGCGUCGAGCGCGUCGAGCGCGUCGAGCGCGCCGCGGUCGUGGCGUCGACUCUUCACGCGCUCCGUGCGCGACGCCGUCGACGCGAUCGACGCGUCGCGCCCGACGCUGAUCGUCACGGAGUACAACGAGCCGACGCACUACUCGCGCGUGCGCUGGGCGUUCUCGCGAUGCCGCGAUCUCGCGCUCGCGGACCUCAGAGAGUUUAUCCUCUCGCCGAAUAGCUCGCGUCCCGGAGGCGCGCAGACGGACCCGGACCCGCCGCCGACGCUGCUCGUCCUCGCGGGGAUGACCGCGAUCCUCGCGAGGGACCACGCGUCGUCCUCGACCGCGGUCGUAGACGCGUUGCGCGCGGCCGGGGCCGGGGCCGGGGACGCGGCUGCAGCCGCGGACGCGCGCGACGACGUCGGCGCCAGACGCGUCAAGGUGACGACGUGGACGCUGGGACGGCUCGAGGGCGUCGGGUUCCGCCUGCGGGACGACGUCUUCGUCGUCGAGGGGAGCUUGGAGAGCCUCGCGAGGGAUAACCCGAACGACGUGUGGAAGCGUCUCGGGCGAGGGAUACGACACGAGACGCGCGACAUGGAGAUCGUCGUCGUUGGCCCGAGAAGGGCGCACUGGUGGAGCGCGCUCGGCGGCGGCGGCGGCGGCGGCGGGGGGGGGGGGGCGGAAGUCCGCCCCUGA